GGCGAGUUUUUAACCGGGGUUCGUAAACACUGAAAGCUGUGAUUGGCCGACGUGGUGUUGGAAUUUGAACUUCUAAUGCAUCCUCCAAUUCCAAUGGGUCCCACCCCCAGACGGUUUCCGUUGCUGACUAUCGUGUAGAGCACUUACGGUCCUAAGUUACGGCCUAAAUUAACCAAGACAGCGCUGCCAGUCAGACGCUAUGUCUCGGGAAUUGAGGCUAUACUUGCAUCCUUGUGCGAGUAGGAGUGGAAUAGGAGUAGAAUGGGAUAAGCAUCUGGACCAGCUGAAUCCAAGUACCAACUGGUCUGUCCUACCACAGCUCUGGGUCUUUUUUCUCACAUAAAACUAAUCGGGCAGGGCCCUACCGGCUGGACGGUUAUAAUACUUUAUAUAUCCAUGCUCUAUCCCCCCAGCCGGGUGCUGCUAGAUACUCCGACAUAAUAUAUAAUAUAGUAGGAUACUUGCGUCUUUCCGUCAUUAUCAAUAACCUCCGGACUUUCUUCAAUACCUAACAUACUUCCCAACACUUACACAGGAAUUAAGUAAAGAAAAUGAGCACUACCCUGGUAACAGAGACUAGCUCGACGGGCUUGGGCUCGGGCAUCUACACACAAUCUAUUUUAAACUAUCUAUACCAGCGCCUAGUUCUAGAGUUUAAUGUCCCUUACGUAUGGGGCUGCCCAUGCGACGUACUGCUCAACCUGUUUGCCGAACACUUCUCCCACAACCACCUAGACUGUGGUGUCGCCACGGGUUAUUUUCCUGCAACCGUCCUACAACGCACACGCCAAGCCAAUACGCAGCGGCAGAUCACUUUAUUAGAUCUCAACCCUAACUGCCUCGAGGCAGCCAAGUCCGCCAUACAAGCCGAGGCGCCCCGAGUCCCAGUCCACACCGUCGAAGCCGACAUCAAGGCACCCAUACCGGCGGCGCUAAAAGGCAAGAAGUUCGACACGAUAUCCAUGUUCAACCUGUUCCAUUGCGUGCCCGGCGGCGCGAGCAAGUUCCAAGCGCUUGCCACCUACAAGGACGUGCUUGCGGAUAACGGCGUAUUCAUAGGUUGUACCGUAUUAGGGGAGAAACACGCUACCGGCUGGUUCUCCCGGAACUACCUCAGCCUCUACAACUGGGUCGGCGUGUUCAACAACUGGGAUGAUAAGGCCGAGGAUAUUGAGAGCGUGCUACGAUCGGCUUACAAGGAAGUCGAUACUUGGAAGGUUGGAAUGAUACUUAUGUGGAGAGUAAAAUCCCCCAAGAAGGCUUAAGUGGGCUACCUGAUAUUAACAAUACAAUAUUCGACGAGACAUGGGCUGUUCGUGUAACGCGGCGGCUAGGAAUUUGGUUGCUUGUUUUCUGCUUGUAUAGAAGCGGCUCGCUUGCUACCGUCACGCCAUUGCCGCAGCAAGCAACUUUUGCAUCAGCCAAUCGUGGUAACGAUAGGAUAGAUUUGGAUUAACUUGGCGAAGAAUACCUCAAUAAAACUUCUACACUUGCAACUUGUGCCAAGCUUGCCUUACCCCCUUUACUAUCCACCUCAAAGAAAACCUAGCAGCCUCCUUAUGGCCUUAAGGUGCCGUAAACCACAUAUGCAGUUACGUUACGAGCUGGCUGGUCACCCAACGUAUACCAAGGAGUUCCCAUCACGUUAUACAUCGUUACAUGAUUAGCAAGGUUAUGGCCGAUAGGAAAGAUUCCUAUAUAAACUCGUGUUUACCAGGAUCUUUUUGAAGUUCCUAGUAGUAGAACCGAGUUAUGUAGUCUUGAGAAUCUCUAGUGAAACGUAUCUAAGAUACAGGCGAAUGAAUAAUAUCGUUUAUAUGGCUUCAAGUCUUGUUGCUCAUGACAAGAUGAACAUCCUUUUGAAGUAGGUAAAGUGACAUACAUGGGUUGUCCACGACGGCUAGGUCGG